CUUAAACGUCCACGUCAAAGCGAUGGAGAAGGAUAACGAAAAACUUGAUUUGAGUGGAAAUCUCGACGGCCCUGCAGAAUCUCAGCCUGUGGAUCUUAAAGCAAAACUCAUGGCAAUUCAGCUGUCUAAUGUAUCUGCCAGAGAAUGGCUUCAACACCGCCGUGAGACGGUCAAACCCUGGACAGAAUUUCUGAACACAGCACGGUUCAAAGCUCCCAAGUCUGUGGCUCCAGUGGGGAAGAGGGUUGUGCGAAAUGUGGAACAUUUUCAAAGCAAUUAUUUAUUUGUAUUCCUGGGUCUUAUUAUUUUUUGUGUGUUGACAUCCCCAUUGUUAAUAGUUGCCUUAGCUGUCUGUUUAGGAGCAUGCUACAUCAUCAAUUUAAAGAAUAAAGAAAGUAAAUUAUCGCUUCUAGGCCAUGAAAUCAGCCUGGCUCAGCAGUAUGGAGCUGUUGGCGUGAUAUCAUUCCCUCUGUUCUGGCUGGCUGGAGCAGGAUCUGCAGUCUUCUGGGUUAUUGGUGCUUCAUUUUUCCUCAUUAUGGCUCAUGCAGUAUUCUAUCAGACGACGGAGGAGUUGGAAGGGUUUGCUGAUCUCAACAUGGAAGUUGUAUAGGUGGCAGUCCAGUACAACAAGACAAUAUCACACAGAAGUAAUAUAGGUGGCGGUUAAUAUGCCAAGACAAUCCAGCACCCCUCAACAUCAAUGUAUGGGAAGUGUUGUAAAAUAUCAAGGGUGCUGAUGUCGUGUAGCAUUUUUCAUGCCCACUGUGGGACAUAGUAUUUUUCUAAUGGAGGCUGAUAUUAAAUAAUAUUCAGCAGGAGCUGGCACUCUCAUCAACAAAUGCUUACUAAUGCUACUGUAUUUUCAUAUGAUACAGUUUUUUAUUCUGGUAUGGGUACAUUUUUUGACUGCAGACUAAGUAAUAUUUCAGGUGAUAAGCAAGACAUUUUGGAGAUUGAAAAAAUGAAGUUUGUGCAACUGGUUCUGGAUUCAUUAUAUUCUUUUAGGUUAAAAAAAGAAAUUUGUCUUUCUCAGUGGUAUUGGAAUGCAGCAGAUAUAUAUAUAUAAAUAUUUAAAUACUGUAUAAAUAUUUAUUUUCACCACAGAAAGGACUAUAAUGAUAAACACACACUUGGUGUCACUGUGAAACAUGCCAUAAUACUAGUAUACUGGUGUGUAAUAUAUGUGAGGGAACAGGACUCAUCUUAGCUGUGAUAUUUUCCCAUAUUUUUGUUAGGGAAAGGCACAAUGCAGUCUGUGUUUUCUUGUGUGUUUGUACAUGACUAUAUGCAUAUCUAUGUUCAUGUAUAUAUUUAGUAGAAAGGGGGUUUGAUUACACCAAACAAAAGGUUUGUGGAAGUUCUGCCAAAGGGGAAUAAAAAUAUAAUAUUUU